AUGGCAAGGAAAAUUGAGACUGUUUCCGGCGCCAGCUUGGCGGAGAGGUGCCGGGAGUUGGUGCGUCUUUAUGGGCUCCUGGAUAUUGAUCUGCCGGAGAUCACUGGAAGACGUUUUAGCAAGAUUGGGCUCGAGUUCAGGAGCAACCAGCAUGAUUCUCCCAUAACGGCAGUCAUGUGUCUCCAGGAAAUGCCCGAAGUCCUAAGACAACUAAUGCAGUUAUCGGAAGAAGAUGACCUUUACACAAACUGCACAGUCGCGAGGAAGAUGAAAACCCACGAAUGUGCAGAAUGUGGGAGAGCAUUCGCCACUUCAGGACAAAAUCACAUAACUGUACAUUCGGAUGACAUGCCUCAUGAGUGUCCAGAGUGUGGGAAAAGAUUUAGACGUGUUAGAGGUAUGAAGGCUCACAUGCAGGUGCAUUCUGAUCAUAGGCCUUUUGAGUGCGCUGAAUGUGGGAGAAAAUUCAGAGAACGUGGAGUUAUGAUAAAACACAUGCAGAUGCAUUCGGGUGAUAGACCUCAUGAGUGUCCAGAGUGUGGGAAAAGAUUUAGUCGUCUAGGCACUAUGAAGUCUCACAGAAUGGUGCAUAUGGGUGACAAGCCUCAGGAGUGUCCCGAGCUUGCGAAUAGGUUCAGUCUUCGAGAUGUGAAGACAGAGAGGAUGGUGCUUAAGGGUGAUCAGCCUUAUGAGUGUACAGAUUGUGGAAAAAGAUUCAGUCGUUUUUCAAAUCUGAGGACUCACAUGUUGAUACAUACGAGUGACAGGCCUUAUGAAUGCCCUGAAUGUGGGACAGGAUUCAAUAAUCCUACAACUCUUAAGAGGCAUAGUGUCAUGCAUACUGGCGACAAGCGUUACGAGUGUACAGUGUGUGGCAAAACAUUUGGUCGUCUUGACACGUUGAAGAAUCACAGCAUAGUGGAGAGGUGCCGGGAGUUGGUGCGUCUUUAUGGGCUCCUGGAUAUUGGUCUGCCGGAGGUCACUGGAAGACUUUUUAGCAAGAUUGGGCUCGAGUUCAGGAGCGGCCAGCAUGAUUCUGCUGCAAUUGUUGACCCAGAGUUUACAGGACGUCUGACACCUUGUCUGGGGUCCCUGGGUGCCGAUAGUCUUCCUGCUGCUUCUGAAAUGCCCGAAGUCCUAAGACAAAUAAUGCAGUUAUCGGAAGAAGAUGACCUUUACACAAACUGCACAGUCACGAAGAAGAUGAAAACUCACGAAUGUCCAGAAUGUGGGAGAACAUUCAACAGUUCAGGAAAUGUGAAGACUCACAUGUUAGUGCACACAGGUGAAAAGCCUCAUGGAUGUCCAGUGUGUGGGAAAAGAUUCCGUCAUAUUGGAACUGUGAAGUCUCACAUGUUGGUGCAUACGGAUGACAAGCCUCAUGCAUGUCCUGUGUGUGGGAAAAGAUUCCGUCAUGUUAUAAGCUUGAAGAAUCACAUAAUGGUACAUUCGGAUGACAGACCUCAUGAGUGUCCAGAGUGUGGGAAAAGUUUUAGGCGUAUUGGUGGUAUGAAGAGACACAUGCAGGUGCAUUCUGAUCAUAAGCCUUUCGAGUGUGCUGAAUGUGGGAGAAAAUUCAGAAUACGUGAAGAUAUGAUAAAACACAUGCAUGUGCAUUCGGGUGAUAGACCUCAUGAGUGUCCAGAGUGUGGGAAAAGAUUCAGUCGUCUAGGCACUAUGAAGUCGCACAGAAUGGUGCAUAUGGGUGAUGAACCUCGGGAUUGUCCCGAGUUUACGAAUAGGUUCAGUCUUCGAGAUAUGAAGACAGACAGAAUGGUGCUUAAGGGUGAUCAGCCUUAUGAGUGUCCAGAUUGUGGGAAAAGAUUUAGUCGUUUUCCAAAUAUGAUGACUCACAUGGUGAUACAUACGAGUGACAGGCCUUAUGAAUGCCCCGAAUGUGGGAGAGGAUUUAAUAAUCCUACAACUCUUAAGAGGCACAGAGUCGUGCAUUCAGAUGAUAAGCCUUACGAGUGUACAGUGUGUGGCAAAACAUUUAGUCGUCUUGACACGAUGAAGAAUCACAGGUUAGUACAUUCAGGUGAUAAGCCUUAUGAAUGUCCUGAUUGUGGGAAAAAGUUCAUUCGUCCUCGAGAUAUGAACGAACACAGGAAAUCGCAUUCAGAUAUUAAGCGUUAUGAAUGUCCCGAAUGUGGGAAAAAAUAUAAGUAUCUUAGACACAUGAAAAGAUAUAGAAGUAAAGUACAGAUCAGGUCAAGCGCUGUAGUCAUUCCGUCUAGAGCAGCUAGGGGUAGACCCGAGGCUUCUGGUCUCUGCGAUGCUUGCCAGAAACCAGGGACCCUGGGCCACAUAUUCCAGCCAUGCUACAAGACACACGGGGCUCGGGUGAAACGUCAUGAUGAUAUCACUCGGUUCGUAGCCGGCCGCCUGCGGCAAAGAGGUUUUGAGGUGGAAAGUAAAUUCCAUAUACCGGAUGGAGGGACCUUCUGCAAGCCUGACAUCAUAGCUUGCAAAGGUGAUGAGGCCUUUAUGUUAGACACCCAGGUCUCUGCUGAUAACUUCCCACUCUCCUGUCCAUAUCAGAGCAAGUGCAACAAGUAUGGCACUCCAGAGAUCCUUCAAAAGGUCAAGGAAUACACCGGGAAGAACACAGCAUCCGCCUCUUCGAUAACUCUUUUAUUGGAGAGAAGGAUGGUGCAAGGAGAUUGCGCGCGGUCUUCAGGAUAUGGCACUUGCCAAGAGCGACCUUGA